CAACCCUACAAAAUAUGCGAUUUGUUUUUCUUUAAUUUCUCUUCUACCAAAACAUCCAAAACCCAACUUCUCAUAUACGAUGCCGCAAGGAGAUUACAUCGAGCUGCACAGGAAGAGGAAUGGCUACCGCCAUGACCACUUCGAGCGCAAGCGCAAGAAGGAGGCUCGUGAAGUUCACAAGCGCUCUAAAAUCGCGCAAAACGCAUUGGGUAUUAAGGGUAAGAUGUUUGCAAAGAAGCGGUAUGCUGAGAAAGCGCUAUUGAAGAAAACGUUGGCUAUGCACGAAGAGUCAUCAACUAGGCGCAAGGUUGAUGAUAAUGUCCGAGAAGGAGCUCUCCCUGCAUACCUUCUUGAUCGUGAUGAGACCACAAGAGCGAAGGUUCUUAGCAAUACUGUCAAGCAAAAGCAGAAAGAGAAGGCAGGAAAAUGGGAUGUUCCUCUUCCAAAGGUUAGACCUGUUGCUGAAGAUGAGAUGUUUAGGGUAAUCAGAUCUGGUAAAAGGAAAACCAAGCAGUGGAAGAGGAUGAUCACAAAGGCCACAUUUGUAGGACCAAGUUUCACAAGGAAACCUCCGAAGUAUGAGCGUUUCAUUCGCCCAUCUGGUCUACGUUUUACUAAAGCACACGUAACACACCCUGAACUUAAGUGCACUUUCAAUUUGGAGAUCAUUGGCGUAAAGAAGAAUCCAAAUGGCCCCAUGUAUACUUCUCUUGGUGUUAUGACUAGGGGAACCAUUAUCGAGGUCAAUUGUAGCGAACUUGGACUCGUCACGCCUGCUGGAAAAGUUGUGUGGGGAAAAUACGCCCAAGUAACCAAUAAUCCUGAAAAUGAUGGUUGCAUCAAUGCCGUUUUGCUAGUAUAAUGGCCAUGUGUACCGAUCUACAUUCCCUGUUUGCUAACUACUUACUACUGGUUUUUGAUUUGUGAUUGAACUGUCUCAAUUGGGAUGUCUACAUUAAGCUUGGGGUUUGUGUUUUACUGGAGCUGAGUUUGAAGCGUAAUUUACCCAAAUAUUUUAGGAUAAAUGGUUGGCGAUGGUUAUACCCUGUUGUUGAGAAGAGUUAGAUAAUACUACUUGAUAGGUGCCUCACAAAAUGGCGUGUCCAAGGUUUAGUUGGGCAGUUACUGCACUAUUGAUAUUGUUUGUGUUAUGUACUUUUUGAACUAAAUGCUUUUCGAUCAGUUGUUUCGUUUUUGGGUUU